AUGAGCUUGUAUGCAAGAAGGGUAACUUUGCCAGCGAUUACUCCAAUAGCUCUUCAAAAAAGGGUAAUUAAAGUAUACAGUGAGGAUGACACUAGCAGAGCUUUGGAAGUGCCAAGUGAUGUAACAGCCAGAGAUGUAUGCCAGCUCUUAAUACUGAAGAAUCAUUACAUAGAUGACCACAGCUGGACACUGUUUGAACACCUUCCUCGCAUAGGUCUAGAAAGAAUUAUAGAAGACCACGAGUUGGUAAUUGAAGUUCAGUCAAACUGGGGAAUUGAAGAAGAAAAUAGACUGUAUUUUAGAAAAAACUAUGCCAAAUAUGAGUUUUUUAAACACCCAGUGAAUUAUUUUCCAGAGCAUAUGGUGUUGUUGUCAAGCGAGACCAGUGGAGUGAUAGGCCACACACAGAUAUUACAGAUGUUCCUAAGUUCCAGCACAUAUCCUGAAAUUCAUGGUUAUUUGCAUGCAAAGGAGCAGGGGAAGAAAUCAUCAUGGAAAAAAUUAUACUUUCUUUUGAGAAGAUCUGGCCUGUAUUUUUCCACUAAAGGGGCAUCAAAGGAACCAAGGCAUCUGCAGUUUUUCAGUGAAUUCAGCAGUAGUGAUAUGUAUAUGUCUUUGGCAGGCAAAAAGAUGUCUGGAACACCAGCAAACUAUGGAUUCUGCUUUAAGCCUAACAAAGCAGGAGGAGCCAGAGACCUGAAGCAGCUUUGUGCAGAUGAUGAGCAGAGUAGGACCUGCUGGAUGACAGCAAUUAGAUUACUUAAGUAUGGAAUGCAGCUGUAUCAGAAUUACAUGCAACCAUAUCAAGGUAGAGGUGGCUGCAGUUCUCUGACUAUAUCACCUAUGAGGAGCAUUUCAGAAAAUUCCUUGGUAGCAAUGGACUUCUCAGGACAUAGAAGCAGAGUUAUUGAAAAUCCAACAGAAGCCCUUUCAGUUGCAGUUGAAGAAGGGUUAGCAUGGCGGAGAAAAGGGUGUUUACGACUCAACACACAUGGAAGUCCUACCACUUCUCAAAGUGCCACAUCCAGUGUAGCUAUACAUAGAACACAACUGUGGUUUCACCAUAAAAUCUCUAGGGAUGAAGCUCAACGACUUAUUUUACAGCAAGGACUUGUAGAUGGGGUUUUCUUGGUACGGGAUAGCCAAAGUAACCCCAAAACGUUUGUAUUGUCAAUGAGCCAUGGACUAAAAAUAAAGCACUUUCAAAUUGUACCACUGGAAGAUGAUGGAAAGCUAUUCUAUACACUGGAUGAUGGUCACACCAGAUUUACUGAUAUCAUCCAGCUUGUGGAGUUCUACCAGCUCAAUAAAGGAGUAUUACCUUGCAAGUUAAAACACUAUUGUGCCCGAAUUGCUCUUUAACCAAAACCAAGUUGGUUCACCAAAUAGAAAAAAGGAGAUGCUAGAACACUUUUCCAAGGCAAUUUCCUG